UUGAUUUGGUGUGCAAUGAAUGGAGUGUUUGUGUUGUGGGAUGUGUUGUGCGGACACAAGCGGUGACAUCAUUGAUGGGUUGGUGUUUGACUGCACAGUCAUUACAGUCUGUAAUAGUGUUAUAGUGUUUGACUCAUUGGCACUGAAUGUGAGACAAAUCAUACCAACAAAACACUGGCAUCUCUUGUAUUGUCUUCUCCUGUCUUUUAGUUACCAUUCAUUCAUAUCAUAGUCUAAAUCGCGGCCACAGAUUCACACAUGGAUUUACAGUCGGCUCUACUCUCCAGGUUCACGUCAGCCAUCCCGACGCCGAUGCGGUUACGCGAUCUGAUCCGUCAAAUCCGUGCCGCGCGGACGGCGGCCGACGAGCGGUCAGUUGUGCAGAAGGAGUGCGCGUACAUCCGCUCCACGUUUCGCGAAGAGGACAACGCGUGGCGGUGUCGUAAUGUCGCCAAACUGUUGUACAUUCAUAUGUUGGGAUAUCCGGCACAUUUCGGACAGCUCGAAUGCCUUAAAUUGAUUGCUUCGCCGCGAUAUACAGACAAACGGAUCGGAUAUUUAGGAGCAAUGCUUCUGUUGGAUGAGCGACAAGACGUUCAUCUCCUCAUCACUAACUCGCUUAAGAAUGAUUUGAACUCUCAAACCCAGUUUGUGGUCGGAUUAGCCCUCUGUUGUUUGGGAGCCAUCUGUUCGCUUGAGAUGAGCCGAGACUUAGCCGGAGAAGUGGAACGACUCAUGAAAUCGUCCAACACUUAUAUCAAGAAGAAGGCGGCCUUAUGUGCGGCGAAGAUUGUCCGCAAAGCUCCUGAAUUGAUGGAAAUGUUUUUACCCGCCGCUAGAAGUCUAAUCACUGAGAAAAAUCAUGGCUGUCUUAUAACUGGAAUUAUUUUGAUAACAGAAAUGUGUGAACAAAGUAACGAAACGUUAGGUUAUUUCAAAAAGUCCACUGAGGUUUGUCUCCACUUCAGUCACUAUAUUCCUAUGGUUCCAAAUCUGGUGAGAAUCCUAAAGAACCUAAUAAUGGCCGGCUAUUCGCCCGAACACGACGUGUGUGGUGUCAGCGAUCCAUUCCUUCAAAUCAAAAUCUUACGCCUUUUGCGGCUUUUGGGGCGAAAUGACUCCGAAAGCAGUGAAACAAUGAAUGAUAUUUUAGCUCAGGUGGCCACAAAUACUGAGAGUAGUAAAAAUGUUGGAAACGCUAUUUUGUACGAAACGGUAAUUUCUAUUAUGGAAAUCAAAUCGGAAGGCGGUCUAAGGGUUCUGGGAGUCAACAUUUUGGGUCGAUUUUUGCUCAACACCGACAAAAAUAUACGUUACGUAGCGCUCACUACUCUCCUGAAGACAGUGAGCGCCGAUUACAACGCUGUCCAAAGACACCGAACAACGAUUGUCGAGUGUCUCAAAGACCCCGACAUUUCGAUCCGCAAGAAAGCUAUGGAAUUGUGUUUCGCAUUAAUUAAUACAAAUAAUAUCCGAACGAUGUCUAAGGAAUUGAUAAUAUUCCUGGAAAAGGCUGAUCCGGAAUUCAAGUCGAUUGUGUCGUCCAAUCUGUGCAUCAGUGCCGAGAAGUACUCUCCCGGCCAUAAGUGGCACAUCGACACAGUCAUCAAAAUACUAACGACAGCUGGCAAUUAUAUCCGAGACGAUGUGGUCGGAAGUCUUAUAGAAUUAAUAUCAGCCACAAAUUCGCUGCACAGUUAUGCCGUCCAACAGUUAUACAAACAACUCAUCGGAGACUUAGAGUCCAAACAGCCGAUGAUUCAGGUGGCGAUGUGGGCGUUGGGCGAGUUCGCUGACCUCUUAACAGUUCCGGUCGAUGGCUUGGAUUCAAACGAUUCGCAUCCUAUAGAGGCGUUGGAUGUGAAGGAAGACGAUGUGAUCGACAAAUGCGAAAAACUGCUGAUCGAAAGCGGUCUGUCUUUAGUCACUAGAGAGUACACAAUCGGCGCUCUAAUCAAACUGAGCGCCAGAUAUCCGAACACUGCUCCGCGCGUUAAGAGUAUAAUUGAUGUCUUUGGUUGCGAUCACAGCGUAGAACUGCAACAGAGGGCCGUUGAGUUCGCCUCACUCUUUAGUAAACACAAUCACUUGAGAACCAGUCUUCUCGAGCGGAUGCCUCCCAUGACUGUUAGGGCAGACAAACGCAAUGGCCUUCAAAAUGGAGACACCGCUGAAGACGAUUAUAACAAUGACAUCGUGACCAAUAGUUUCGGUAAUAAUAACACUAAUAGCAACACUACUAACACUAAAUCAACCGAUAAGACGAGCAGUUCAGCCCUUCUGGAACUCUUAGACUUGGGUUCGCCCGCAAAAAGUGUUGAAACAAUUAAAUCAACGCCAAUAUCGCAAUCGACAGCUAAUAACGUUUUAGACCUUUUAGAAGGACUUGAGUUGAAUCCAAGCCAACCGUUUGAUCACAACCCGCUCGGCAUUCCUCCGCUCGUCAAUAAUAAUAUAGCAAAUGAUACGCAAAUCAAUAAUCUUUUCGACGGUUUUAUAAAUGAUGUCAAACCUAUUGAACAAAUUAAUAACUCGAUUGAAUCGAUCGUCGCUUUUAAUAAGAAUGGAUUAAAAAUCGAUUUUAGUUUCGAAAGACCCGCCGAUAACUCGUCUCUAACUAUCAUAUCAUUGUUGGCCACCAAUUCCAGUCCCCAUCCAAUGGAUGACUUCCUAUUCCAAGCCGCUGUUCCUAAGACAUUCCAAUUACAACUAAUGCCGCCGUCGAGUAAUCGAAUCGGCGAAAACAAUUCGGGUGCUGUUGUGCAAGAGAUCAGAGUAUUGAACCCAAAUAAGAAUCAGCUGAAGAUGAGACUCAGGCUCUCGUAUCAACACAACGGCAAUGACGUGACGGAACAGUCGGACGUAAGUAACUUUCCGGUCACGUCCUGGCAAUAGGAACGGCCAUUAAAUAGGUUCUGAUAACACAAUAACUUAUAACAUCCAUAAUCUGUGGGUACGAGUAAUCUGUGCCUCACUUUCGACAACAUUUUUACGUAAUAAUGAGUAUAAAUAUUUUGCCAUUAAAUUAAACUAUAGAAUCACUUCAGGAGCGAAGUGUUUGAACAGAUUUUGUUUGUUUUUAAACAUAAUUAUUGCUAUAAAAUUUGAUAUUUUUAUUAUACAUUAAAUAAGUUUAAUAUAAGUUAUGCAGAAGUUUUAUGUAUAAAAAAUUAAAACGAAAUGUCGUUUUUCUAAUUGAGCCGUAAAUAUAUUUAUGUAUAUAAACACUGAACUAUUGUUUUGUUUAUAAGAAUUGGG